GCACCACCAUGAUUCCCAAAUUUUUCUGGUGCUGUUUAGAUUGGGUAUAAUAGUAGCAGUAGAAACUAGAAAGAAUUCAUGAAGUUUGCGGCUGCUAUAACACUCUCGUGAACUAACUGGGUCCUAACUGUUCCCUCUAAUAAUUCCCCCAAUUCCCAACCAACAAAAUUUUCAGUAAUGCAACAAAACAAACUGAUACAAAGAGUUCAAAACCAUAUAAAGCCCAUAUCCACUGCAAAAUCAGGAUAGAUACAUCAUUCCAUUCCCGAAGUUUCUUCUUUCUGAUUACUGAUCAGAGUAACCAACCAUCAAAGUACACUGACAGUUAAUACAGAAACGGACAGUUCACAGGAAUCAACAUGAGUGACUUAAAUUUGCUUUAUAGUUGAGAGUUACAUUCGUGUUAAAAAGCUUAAAUCAAAACCAUUCCCAACCCAACCAGGAUUAAAUACCAAAAUCUGCCUCUCAGAUCAUAUUCAGUAUACUUCCACCAGAGAAAAGAAGAUGAUGUCUAGUCCAAUCAUGAUGUCUUUGCUGUGUAGUUGUAUCUUCCUGGUUUCUGCCACAUUGUCGGGUGCUGCCAGAAUUCCCAGGAAUCCUCCAUCUGCAGUUAUUGUUGGCACUGUCUACUGUGAUACAUGCUUCCAUCAAGAUUUCACCAAGGCUAGCCACUUCAUUUCAGGUGCAUCUGUGGCAGUGGAAUGUGGAGACAAAGAUGCAAGCCCGAGUUUCCGACAAGUGGCGAAAACGGAUGAACACGGCGAAUUCAGGGUACAUUUACCUUUCUCAGUGAGCAAACAUGUUAAGAAGAUCCAAGGGUGUGCUGUGAAGCUGAUAAACAGCAGUGAGCCAUAUUGUGCAGUGGCUUCAACAGCAACUUCAUCUUCAAUCCAUCUCAAGUCCAGAAAACAUGGAACACACAUUUUCUCAUCCGGGUUCUUCACAUUUAAGCCUCUUCAGCAGCCAGAACUCUGUAACCAAUUGCAUAAUCCAAACACCCACGAACCAAAGACAAUGUCAAUUGAUGAUCCUAAUGAUCCAAAAUUCGCUCCUCCGCUUCAAGAUCCACCCUCAUCAGAUCUCACACCUCUGCCGGAAUUACCCCGGCUACCGGCUUUGCCACAGCUUCCUCCUCUGCCUCAACUUCCAGGACUUCCGGUGGGAAUUUCAGGGCCAGGGGAUGAGAAGGUUUCUUCUUCAAGGCCUGAUUUCUUCAAUCCACUCUUUCCAUUCCCACCAAAUCCUUUGUUUCCUCCACCUUCCUUAUUCCCUCCAAUUACAAACCCAUUCCAGCCUCCACCUUCCAUUCUUCCUCCGGUUUUCCCUUCACCACCUACUUCAAUUUUUCCCCCAAUAUUCCCAUCACCUCCACCUUCCAUUUUCCCUCCCAUUUUUCCUGCUCCUCCUUCCCCUCCUACUUCAUAUUUCCCCCCAUUUGGAUUCCCUCCUUUACCCGGUUUGACUCCAUCUCCACCACCACCAUCGUCGCCACCAUUUCUUCCACUUCCUCCAUUUCCGUUCCAGCCAACCCCUGGUCUUCCCGGGCCCGGAGUUCCUCCGGCUUCCGCCGGUGUGACUUCUGCUAAAACUCCGGCUACUUUACCUGGGAAAACGUCUCCUUAGUCCACAUGUUAACAUGUAUGUGAUCACUACUUAAUUUUGAAUUUCCUUUUUGGGUUUUAGUGGGAUUGGUGGAGUCUCUAGAUUUUUGCUGGUAUCAAGUAUCAACAAUAUUACGAUGAAGUGUUACUCAUAUCGUUUGUGUUUGGCAUAAAGACUUGUUUCUAUAGUUCUGUGAACUUUGAUAAUUGUAAGUUUGUAACUGAAAUCAAGUAUGAAACAUACGUUACAUUGUUGUUAAUUACGAACAGUUUGUUCAUCAUUGCUGAUGGAAACUGCUCUUUGAGAAUUUGCAGAGUGAAAGCUCUGUUCGUGUUUCCUAACUUGAUCUCUAAUGAGUUGGACAAACAUCAGACGGACCGUGAGUUAUCCAUUUUGCUAGUCGUUUUUUUUUUUUUAAUGAAUAGAAUCAUUUUGAACUAAUAAAUACGAAAUCAAAGCAUAUGAAGC